CUCCCGGCCCCACCAUGGCGUUCACCUUCGCCGCCUUCUGCUACAUGCUGACUUUGGUCCUCUGCGCCUCGCUCAUCUUCUUCGUCAUCUGGCAUAUAAUCGCCUUUGACGAACUGCGCAUGGACUUCAAGAACCCCAUCGACCAGGGCAACCCGGCCAGGGCAAGAGAGAGGUUGAAAAACAUCGAACGGAUCUGCUGCCUCUUGAGAAAGCUCGUGGUUCCAGAAUAUUCCAUCCAUGGCCUCUUCUGCUUGAUGUUUCUCUGCGCAGCUGAAUGGGUGACCUUGGGGCUUAAUAUUCCUCUGCUUUUCUACCACUUGUGGAGGUACUUCCACCGCCCGGCAGAUGGCUCAGAAGUGAUGUAUGAUGCUGUGUCCAUCAUGAAUGCUGACAUCUUAAACUACUGCCAGAAAGAGUCCUGGUGCAAACUGGCCUUUUACCUGUUGUCAUUCUUCUAUUACCUGUACAGUAUGGUUUAUACGUUGGUGAGUUUCUAACAGAGCCCUCUGAAAGGGCGAGGAAGGGAUCCUGGAGAUGGUCCCAGCACCCUUCUGAGGGAUGCGCCCCACCUGGACAAUGAAAUUACAUACGAGGACUGCGUGGCUGUGGGGAGGGGACGGACCCGCAACGGCCUAAGCCCCUGCGUCUGAAGCCAAUAACGUUGCAAGACUUUCCUUUUCCUUGCUGCCUUGGACGCUGAUAAUUCUGCUGCCUCAUCUCGGACGGGGGCUGCCGUAACCACUCUCAUUCCCCGCCCCCCUUCCAGCCCCAAGAACAGGGUCUACCGGUUCUCUCUUUGGUGAAGAAACAGUGCCUAUUCUCUGCC